AUGUCUGAAUAUACCAUCAGAUCCAACUGUCCACCUGGUAGUGACAACUUAUUCGGCCCACGUGUCAGUGUUCAUUGUCGAGAUUUCGACUUCACUUUUUUGUUCGAAGAUGCAAUCUUAAUUCUUCCACCAGCUAUAAUAUUCUUACUGCUCAUUCCGGGCCGCAUUCGACAUCUUUCGCGACACCCGGCGCAGAGGCUUUUCCACAAGUCGGGAGUUUUCAAGAUUGCCUGUCUCGGUGCAUUGUGCAGUUUGAACAUCGUGUAUACCAUCGUGGGUAAUCGAAAUGAGCGGUUGCACACGGCAAUAUCCACGGUGGCAGGAGUCAUCAGUACGAUCGCCAUAGCUGGAGCCCUAUUGGUGUCGUUUCUAGAUGCACAACGGUUUGGGGCUUCUUCACUUCUUGAAAUUUACUAUGUCAUUCUUGUGAUCAUCUACAUUCCGCGACUACGUUCACUCUGGGUUUGUCCUGACAUUUAUCUUCCGCGGAAUCUGUGGACAGCGCAGUAUAUUUUGACUGUACUUGUUGCCAUUCUAGAAUCAUGUGAGAGAAAGCUUACCCCUGCUGGCUCGUUGAAGUCGAAAUACCUCAGGGAAGAAGCUCUUGGAUUCUGGGGACGUGGUCUCUUUGUUUGGAUCUUGCCCACUCUGAGGCAGGGUUACUCCAGCAUCCUCGAGGUUUCAAAUCUUCCCGAAUUAGACCCUUCACUCGGUGGUGACGAAGCCCGCAGUCGGUUAGAAAAGGCUUGGAGUCGUUGUAGACCGCGCUAUCGCCUUCUGAAAGCGAUAUUUGUUGCUUACGCUCGAGAAAUUCUGACGUGUAUCCCACCACGUUUGAUUUUCGGUGGCUUCACAUUUUGUCAACCCUUUCUCAUUCAAACCGCGAUCAAACUUUCGGAGCAAAGGUCUUCACCACCCACAAAGAGUUAUGGCAAAGCGCUCGUGGGAGCUUUUGUGUUGGUAUAUCUCGGGAUGGCUGUAUCGAAGGCAGUCUAUGCGCGAUUGGUCAAUCGUAUCAUGACUAUGACACGCGCAGGCCUCAUGUCCAUGAUUUAUCUUUGCACAACGAAAUUGAACAAUAGCAAACUUGGCGACUCGCAGGCAAUAACUUUGAUGGGAACGGACGUGGAGCGCAUAUGUAACAGUAUGCAAGCAUUCCAUGAAUGCUGGAUUUCUGCCAUCGAGAUAGGGGUGGCUGUUUACCUUUUGGAGCGGCAGGUUGGUGUGACGUGUGUGGUGCCGACAGUUGUCUCCCUAGUAUGUAUAUUGGGCACAAUUCCUGUAUCCAAGCGUAUCGUUCCCGCACAGAAGCAAUGGGUCGGUCGAGUUCAACAGCGAAUGACGACAACUCUAAAGAUGCUGUGGAACAUGAAGUCCAUAAAAAUGCUUGGGUUGACUGGGACUUUCGAUACAAUGGUUUCCAAUCUACGAGAAGUGGAGUUGAAGACAUCGGAGAUCUUUCGCAAGCUCUUAAUAUGCACUGUCACACUUUCGAAUUUACCGGCGGACUUUGCUCCUUAUGCGACAUUUCUGGUUUAUGCGAUUAUCUCCCUUGAAACUCAAAGUAGCUCGCUACUCGCCGACAAAGCCUUCACAUCAUUAUCGCUAAUUUCUAUCCUGACGGGCCAUCUACUAACGUUCAUCCAAUCGUUGCCGCAGUUUGCACAAUGUUUGGGUUGUCUGAUCAGAAUCGAGAAUUAUCUUUCCGAAACUGAUCGGGGCCCAGAAAAAGUGGACGGUCGGACAAGCGAGGAUUCGGUGCGCCAUAUUAACCAACUGGUGUCGCCAAAAGCACACAAUCUCUCCGCUGUACAUACGAAAGCUCAACCUGAAGAUGGGGUUCUCCUGUCAAUGGAAGGCGUUGACAUUUCCUGGUCGCUGGGUUCUGACCCGAUCUUCCAGGAUCUCAACCUGACCAUUAACAAGGGAAUCACUGCUAUAGUUGGCCCAUCCAGCUCCGGCAAGUCCACACUGGUUUGUAGCAUCAUGGGUGAUGCUGCGAUUGUUAAUGGCACUCCUCACGUGCCACUUUGCCCUGUAGGAUAUUGUGCGCAAUCGCCAUGGAUUCUCAAUGACACUAUCAGACACAAUAUUAUUGGUGUAAAUGGUCACUUUGACAAAAACUGGUAUACAUUCUGUCUUUCAUUGGCUGCCCUCACGUCUGACCUCGAAGCCUUUCCUGCGGGCGAUUUGCACCUGGCGGGUACUAAUGGGGGUUCCUUGAGUGGAGGGCAGAAGAAGCGAGUCGCCCUUGCUCGAGCUCUUUAUUCCCGGUCACCGCUUUUAAUCCUCGAUGAAGUCUGGAGUGGCUUGGAUUCAGAAAAUGCAAGACUUGUUGAAGAGAACAUUUUUGGGGACAAUGGCUAUUGUCGAAAAGCAGGGGUUUCUGUCAUAAUCACUGCUCAUGCGGUGCCUCCAUUUGUCGAUCAUGUGGUCGUUCUUCAGGGAGGGUCAAUUGCUGACUCUGGAUCCUACGAGGAUGUGAUAUCGCGAGUGCCAGCAAUCGCCCGCUGGAUGACUUCAGAAAUGACUGAAAUCAUGGAGCGCAUGGGCGAUAAAUCUGGGGUAGCCACUGAUGACAUUACAGUCAUAGCUGGAGCCAGGGCCAGGCCGAAGCAAACAACGCCUUCAUAUCCAACAUUGGAUCCAGAACAAGAUAAUUCCAGGUCUGAUGGCAGCUGGAGCACAUACCGGUACUAUAUCAACCGAGCAGGUAGAUGGAAAAUUGCGUGCUUUCUAUUAUGCUGUCUAUCCAGUGCCCUGUUUGCUAAUAUCGUCACUAUUUGGAUCCAGCGCUGGUCUGAGGCAAAUGCCAAACGACCAAAUUCAAACCCAGGGCUUGUACUCAUCAUCGGGAUCAUAAACAAUACAGCUUAUGCAUUGCACUCGGAUCUCUUAAAAACCACUCUGAAUGCCCCGUGGAGUUUCUUCUCGUCCACUGAUAGUGGCACGAUAGCCAAUCGAUUCAACCAGGACAUGGACCUCAUUGAUAUGAAGCUUCCAAUGUUUGCGAUUGGCUUCGCCGGAGUCAAGGCAAUACUCCUUUGUGUGGUCGGCAAAUACUUCGCUAUCACAAUGCCUUUCCUUUUACUCGUCAUUUGGUCCAUCCAACGGUACUAUCUCAGGACAUCAAGGCAAGUCCGACUUCUCGAUAUAGAAGCAAAAUCACCACUAUACACACACUUUUGCGAAACGAUCGCAGGAAUUUCUACAAUCAAGGCAUAUCGGUGGCAGGGCCAAUUCCAGAAGACAUGUGAUGAACAUAUAAAUACUUCACAACGACCGUAUUACUCGCUUCUGUCCAUUCAAAAGUGGCUGGCAUUUGUUCUUGAUCUUGUGGUGGCUGUGAUGGCUGUGGUGCUUGUCUCCAUCGCCACAUUUUUCAACGACAAGUUCAGUCCUGCGGAGAUCGGUGUCGGCUUGAAUCUGGUUCUCACUCUCAAUGACGCCUUAGCACAGGCAAUAUCCUCAUGGACGCAACUUGAGACCUCCAUGGGUGCAGUCAAACGCGUGCAACAAUUUCAAGAUACAACCCCAUCUGAACACCGUCCUUGGGUGGUGACCCCGUCUCUUCAUAACUGGCCCAGUCGAGGUGUUAUUGUCUUUGAUCAAGUUACUGCUUUUUAUGGUUGGAACAAGCCUCCAGCGCUCGCGAAUAUUAACCUCACAAUCAAAUCGAAAGAAAAGCUUGCGAUCUGCGGUUCAUCGGGAAGCGGCAAGACAUCGCUGGUUUUGGCACUGCUCCAAAUGAUAGAUGUUCGAUCAGGGAAUGUCUCUAUCGAUGGCCGCGACCUGUCGAGCUUACAGCCCAGUGAUGUCCGCUCGAGAAUCAAUGCCAUCCCACAAGAUCCAUUCUUUGUCCCGGGAACCGUGAGAUUCAACCUCAGUCCGGCCAUGAUCGCGAGAGACAGUUUGAUCGAGCCUGCGCUGCACAAGGUUGGCCUUUGGGAAAAGAUUUCCCGUAAUGGCGGUCUGGAUGCCGAUCUCCAGCCUUCGAACUGGUCAGCUGGAGAAAGACAGUUAUUGGCACUGGCACGAUCGUUGACAUCAGCCAGUCCGAUUCUCAUUCUUGAUGAAGCGACAAGUUCCGUCGAUACAGAGACUGAAAGAAUGAUGCAAAAAGUGAUAGAUGAGGAGUUUGCCGACCGUACUAUCAUUGCGAUUGUACAUCGGUUUGCCUAUAUUGAUCGUUUCGAACGUGUUGCUGUCCUUCAAGCAGGCAAGGUCGUUGAAUGUGACACCCCGAAAGCUUUACUCGCUAGGGAUUCAAGGUUCAGGGAACUAUAUUCGGCCUCGUUAGAACAGUCUCUUUGA